CCGAGCCAAGUGCCGUAUCCGGGAGAAGCAAGUGUCCUUUUUGGGCCACAGAAUCGAUGCCCAAGGUCUUCAUCCGGAGCGGACCAACCUCGAGGCAGUGACCGAAGCUCCAAGACCGACCUCGAUGGCCACCAUGACUACGCGGGACAGCCUGCUUCGCCAAGUAAAAGCCUGGAUUUACGCCGGAUGGCCGUCGCACCUGCGCCCGGAGCAGCACCAGUUCCUACCGUACUUCAGCCGCAGAUCUACCCCUAUGAAAGAGGGCAAGUCGCCAGCCGAGUUGUUGUUAGGCUUCAGGCCCAGGACAAGGCUAACCGGCUUCUUCCCGAGGGGCGAGGAAGCGCAGCACAGCGUGGUCGAGCCGCAAGCCCCGGCCACGACACCACCGCCAUUUUCGCCAGGAAUGCCGGUCUGGUCACGCCAGUUCCAGCCGAGGCGGAGAUGGCUACCGGGGACUGUGGUCUCCAGUGAGGGUCGGCGCAUGGUCACGCUACGCACACCGGACGGCCAACAGAGACGGCACCUGGACCAGCUGCGACCUCGAGACGCUUCAGGGUCCCCGGAAGGCGCUGACAAGGCACGUCGAGUCGCCGGCCGGUCGGAGGUGGGAGCAAGCCCGCCCAGCACCGACGAAAGAGAGGUCGCCACCAACGGCGAUCCCGAGGUGGCGCCCACAGCAGACCCGGUUCCUCUCAGGCGCUCUACGCGCCUGCGGAAGCCGCCGGACCGUUUGAACUUAUAGGGGGGAGGGGAUGCUGUAUCGCCGUACGGCUGCGUCACCGCAACCAGGAGCGGCGCGUUCCAGCGCAUGCCCGUGCCGGACAUACGUCACCGGCGCGGGAGGUAAAAAGAAAGCGCUUGCCAAUAAACCACGUUUUCAUGUCCCGGCCACCGGCGAGUCUGGUCGACGUUUCACC